AUGGCAGAACAAAUACCUCGUGACAAGCAAACACAUCGAGACUUCUUGAGAGAAUUUAUUGAGCUAUAUAAAAGUUUUCCCUGCUUGUGGCUUGUUAAAAGCAAAGAAUACUCAGACAGAAAUAAAAAAAGCCUUGCUUAUGAAAAGAUGGUUAAAAAGUACAAAGAGUUUGAUCCCUCGGCAGACAGAAACACUGUUGUUAAAAAAAUUAAUGCAUUGCGUACGGUUUAUAAGAAAGAACUAUCAAAAGUUAAUAAUUCGUCAAAAUCUGGGGCUAGAGCGGAUGAAAUCUAUAAACCUAGUUUGUGGUAUUUCGACCUUCUGCAUUUUUUGAACGACCAGGACUCUAGACCUACUAGGAACACAAUGGAUGACGAGGAUGAAGAAACACAACAAUAUAUUGAAGAUUCUAAAUCUACGGAUUUAGAUCAUUCCUACCAACGAGAGGUCACCACAUCAGUUGUGCCAACAUCAGGUGAUGAUAGAUCAACUACAUCACGAAGUGUGACACCAUCACCUAUCGGACCGCAGCCAAAGCGGAAAAAGAAACUAACUCCGACAAAUGAGGUGAUGCAGCUAGCGGGACAACAACUAAAAGCUAUUCGUCCCGAUGAUGAAUUUGAAGCCUACGGAAAGUAUAUAGCCCACAAGCUACGUUCUCUUAAAGGAAACCAGGCCGUAUACGCUCGAAAACUCAUAAAUGACGUGAUUUUUGAGGGAGAGCUUGAGGCACUCACUAAAGAUUUUAAAGUAAUGAACAGUCAACCACACCAUACAUUCGAAAAUAAUGACUUGCUACAAUUUAAUCCUUAA